GACAUCGACCUGCCCUCUGCGGUGAAAUACCUGAUCGCCACCGACCCCAACCUGCAGGUCCUGGGGGCCGCCUACCUCCAGCACAAGUGCUACAGCGACGGCAAUGCCAAGAAGCAGGCGCGCAGCCUCCAGGCCAUGCCCAAGCUGGUGAAGCUGUUCAACAGCCCCAACCAGGAGGUGCAGCGCCAUGCCACGGGCGCCAUGCGCAACCUCAUCUACGACAACGCGGAGAACAAGUUGGCCCUGGUGGAGGAGAAUGGCAUCUACGAGCUCAUGCGGACGCUGCGGGAGCCCGACGACGAGCUCCGCAAGAACGUCACAGGGAUCCUGUGGAACCUCUCCUCCAGUGACAACCUGAAAGACCGCCUGGCCCGGGACACGCUGGAGCAGCUCACGGACCUCGUCCUGGUCCCACUCUCUGGUCUGGGCAGCUCGGGCGUCAUCCAGCAGAACCCAUCGGAGGCAGAGAUCUUCUACAACUCCACGGGUUUCCUCAGAAAUCUCAGCUCUGCCAGCCAGCAGACGCGGCAGAAGAUGCGUGAGUGCCAUGGGCUGGUGGACUCCAUGAUCCAUUAUGUUAACAGCUCCCUGGAAGUGGGCAAGUCAGAGGACAAGAGCGUGGAGAACGCCGUCUGCGUCCUGCGAAACCUCUCCUACCGCCUGUAUGAUGAAAUGCCCCCGUCCUCGCUCCAGCGCCUGGAGGGCCACAGGAGGAAUGACAGCAGCACCAUGACGGGAGAGCUGGUGGGCUGUUUCAGCCCCCAGAGCAAGAAAGCACGAGAGCACUACCUGAACGCGGACAUCAUCACCUUCACCGAGGUCUCCAAGGACCCCAAGGGCAUGGAGUGGCUCUGGAACCCACAAAUCGUCGGCAUCUACAACCGGCUGCUGCAGCGCUGCGAGCUCAACAAGCACACGACGGAGGCCGCCUCGGGGGCCCUGCAGAACAUCACGGCCGGGGAUCGCAGGUGGGCGGGCGUGCUGAGCAGGCUGGCCUUGGAGCAGGAGCGCAUCCUGAACCCCGUGCUGGACCGCGUCCGCACUGCUGACCAGCACCAGCUACGCUCGCUGACAGGGCUCAUCCGCAACCUGUCCCGCCACGCGCGCAACAAGGAUGAGAUGUCAACCAAGGUGGUCAGCCACUUGAUUGAAAAGCUGCCGGGCAGCGUCGGGGACAAGUCACCGCCCGCUGACGUCAUCAUUAACAUCAUCGCCGUGCUCAACAACCUGGUGGUGGAGAGCCCCAUGGCUGCCCGUGACAUUGUCUACUUCGAUGGCCUCAGGAAGCUCUUCUACAUCAAGAAGAGAAGGGACAGCUCGGACAGCGAGAAGUCCUCCAGAGCAGCAGCCAGCCUCCUGGGCAACAUGUGGCAAUACGCCAAGCUCCACCGGGACUUCAAGAUGAAGGGGUACCGGAAGGAGGAUUUCCUCAGCCUGUAAGGACAAGCCUUGGGAGAGGAGGAGACGGGACCGAACGACCCUGACUCACCCCACCAGGAUGGGCCUUGCUGGCGUGCCCGUGGCCUGGGGAGGCUGCUCACUGCAGGACCCCAACUCCGUAGUCUAGUCCCCACUGCUCCUCACAUCCCUUGUGCUUCCUGCCCCACGCCAGGCGACCCUUCCCCGUGCGGGGGAGAGGCAGGGGUCAAC